ACAAACAGAGACACCUGUACACACACACAGACAUGUACAUACACACACAGAAACAUGUACACACACACACACACACACAGACAUGGGUACACACACACAUACAGACACAUGUAUACACGCACAGACACAUGUACACACACACAUACAUGUACAUACACGCAGACACAUGUGUAAUUGUACAUGCAUACACAGACACACACACACACAAACACACACAUAUGUACACGUACACACAUACACACCACCAUCCCCCCAUAAAAAGUUGCAGUACUUCGUUGUUCACUCACAGAGCCGGGUACUGCACUCUAGGGGGAGGCAGAGAGCACAGCACACACUCCUUGCCUUGCUCAGCUAUUGAGCAGUCUGACGGCUUCCAGUGCCAAUGACAGAUCCGGCCUGAGCUCCGAGCCUGCUCAGCAAGAUGGCCCUGGGGGACACACUCACCCCCACCAUAAUUUCCACUCGCCAUUGGCGAGCAGGCGAGUAGAAAUUUCAAGCCCUGCACUAAAGUGUGGUUGUCA